CGGCGAGAGCGUGGUCCCUGGGGCGGCAGAAAUCCAGCUUCCCCAGCCGUUACUGGUUGGUGCUGUUGGGACACGGUGCUUGUCCCUCCAUGGCUCUUAAAAAUCUUAUUAGUUUGUGGACCUUAAGUCUAUGUGUAGCGGCCAGCAAACUUCCUCCAGUCCCGUCCAUCACAGACCCACAAUUUAUAGACCAGUGCGUCCAAGCCCACAACGAAUGGAGGGGCAACGUCAACCCCCCGGCGGCCGACAUGAAACACAUGUUUUGGGAUGAAAGCUUGGCAAAGCUGGCUAAAGAGUGGACAACCAAGUGCAAAUUUGAACAUAGAAGUUGUUUAUCAAAACCAUAUGAAUGCAAUGAAGACUUUGAAUUUGUUGGAGAAAACAUUUGGUUAGGCGGAUUUAGAUACUUUUCACCAAAAGCUGCUAUCACUGCUUGGUAUAAUGAAACUGCAUUUUAUGACUUUGAUACUUUAGCAUGUUCUAAAGUUUGUGGCCAUUAUACACAGAUAGUUUGGGCUAAAUCACAUAAAGUUGGUUGUGCAGUUUCAAUAUGUCCUAAUCUUGGCGGACCUACAACUUCAAUAUUUGUGUGUAACUAUGGACCUGCAGGAAAUUUUGUAAAUGUGGCCCCUUACACCAAAGGAGCACCCUGCUCCAUGUGUGCUGAAGGAGAGAAAUGCGUCAAUAAGCUGUGCCAAGAUGCAAGUUUGCAGUCAAAAAAAGACACAUCUCAGCGAACAACAUGUAAUACAUUCAGCCUAAGUUUGGUUGUUUUGAAAACAAUUGGCUCACAGGACCAGAAGCUAAAUAGUCCCACAGUGGCCAUUUGCAGGCUGGAGAGCUGUGGAGGAAUCAGUAGCUGCUCAGUCCAAGAAUCUGGAGCCUCAGAACAAAAGGGAUCAAUGAUGCAGCCCCAGUCUGGGGACCAAAUACCUGGAAACCCCCUGGAGAGUCUCACCAGAGUCCACCUGGAAAAAGGAGCUGGAGUCUGA